CCCUUCGCGAUCCCAAAGCAAGAAAGAAGCAAGCAGACGGCAGCAGCAGCCAUGGGUACCCUGAGCCUCUGGGCGGUGCUAUGCGAAUCCAAGAGAAUCAUAAACGCCCACUCUCGCCACUUUUUAGCCCUCUCCGUCAUCUUCCUCCUCCCUCUCUCUUUCUCUCUCAUCGUCUCCCCCACCCUCCUCCUUCUCUUUGACCCCUCCCCGGCCAAAUCCACCUCCUCCCGCCUCCACGUCCUCCUCCGCCUCACCACCACCACCUCCCACCACACCCACCACCAACCCCAUCCCCAACUCACCCUCACCUCCCUCCUCUUCCCCCUCUGCUUCUCCAUCUUCCUCUUCCUCACCUCCAUCGGCGCACUCUCCUCCAUAACCCACAGCGUCCUCCACGGCUUCUUCGGCCGCCCCGUCAAGCUCCACUCCGCCCUCCUUUCCAUCCUCUCCUCCUUCCUCCCUCUCCUGUCCACCCACUUCUUCUCCCAUCUCCUCCUCCUCCUCCCCCUACUUCCUCUUCUCUUCAUCCCACCCCCUUCUUCUUCCUCUCCUCUCAUCCAAACCAUCCUCUACUUCUUCCUUCUCAUUCUCCUCACCAUCCUCCUCGUCAACCUCCGCAUCUCAUGGACCCUCGCCCCCGUCAUCGCCGUCGCCGAAUCCUCUUACGCCCUCCGCCCCCUCCGCCGUAGCGCCGCCCUCGUCAGAACCAUGAAACCCCUCGCCGCCUCCACCAUCCUCUUCUUCGGCCUCCUCGAGGGACUCUUGCUAUGGAGCAGCUCCGUGCUCAUCACCACCGGCGGCGUUGGCGCCUGGUGGAAGGACUGGGCCGUUGUGUUACAGAUCGUGCUGACGUCAACGACUCUGAUGGUGCUGAUGCUUUACCACACGGCCGCAGACACCGUGCUGUACAUGUACUGCAAGGCGGUGCACGGCGAGCUGGCGGUGGAGAUCGCGGAGGAGUUCGCCAGGGAGUAUGUUAGCCUCCCUUUCGAUGAAGAGAAAGUACCUCAUGUCGUCUCUGUUGUUCCUCGUGUUUCAGUUUAAAUCACGUUUUGGUUUCGAUGGCAACGAGGUUAGUUUGUAACAUAACAACGCUAUCAUCAUCACUAUCUCUAUGAUCAUGAUCUAGGGUUGUAUUAAUACUUACUAGCAAUGACUUGCUUAAAUGCUUAUUAUGAAAUGUUAUAGACUUUUGUGUAUACUGUAAAUUAUUGAAUGAUUUCAUAUUUA